AUGCGUGCCAUUUUCGUCUUCUUAUUUCUAUUUGUCGCCUUGGCAACUGCUGAUUCUUAUGAUGAUGUCAAAGCUAAGAUCCAAGAUUUGAUUGAUGAUGGUUUUGGAAAGGAUAACAGAGCAUCAAGCAAUGGAAAAUCGGUCAGCGAUGAUGACAGAGAUAGUUACAGCCAGGAAAAGAAAAUUAAGAAAAAAGAUUGGAGAAGUGAUGAUUACUUUUUUGGAAGUGAUGAUGAAGAUGAUAGUUAUAAGAGCAAACAUGAGGAUAAAAAUCAGAGAAAGCGGAGUUCGGAAAACGAAGACGAACCCGUCUCCUCUCAUUCUCGUUCUAGAUAUUCUGGUUCAGAUUCUAAUUCUGAUUCUGGCUCUUCGUCGUCGAGAACGUCCUCAGAACAUGCCGCUUCUUCCGAUGACGAUUACCAGAAAGAUUAUUAUAAAAAUGGAAAGAAAAAGGGAAUCAUUGGAAAAUUCGUUGAAAAAGUCGCCAAAAAGUUGAAGAGUAUUCCUGGAAAAAUGGCUGCUGGAGCCGCAAUUCUUUCUGGAAAAGUAGUAUCCAGUGUUGCAAGUAUUCCAGGAAAAGUUUUGGACGGUGUGAAGAGUAUUCCAUCAAAAGCAAAGAGUGUUCUUCCCGGAGGAAACAAGAAAAAUGGAGAUAUAACACUUAAUGAUUAUACACAGGAGAAUCAUUUCCAUGUUCAUAAAGACAAGCAUUAUCAUAAGGAACAACAUAGACAUCAAGAUGACAGCACGAAUUUGAAUAUUUACAAUGAUUGGGAUGAAGAUGAUCUUGAGAAGAAAUAUAAAAGCGCUUAUGAUACUUUCCGUUCGAAGAGAAGUGCUGAAGUCAAUCUGUUGAAUCGUCGUCCGAAUAGAAAACUUCACAAAAAGGAGAAACCAUCAAACAGAUUGAAACUUAUCGUUUUCUAA